AUGAAAACUUAGUUAGCGUGUUAUCACGAUAUAUCCAAAUACGAACAAACAAUAAUAAAACGCAGCAAGCAAAGGUAGCCAGAGGACCACCACCAACACACCACCGCGCAGGAAGAUGGAGAAGGGUUGUGUAACAGCGGCGUUUACAACAAAACCGGCAGCACUAUUACCACAAAGUUUCUUCACACAAAACCCUAACACCCAUUUAUCAUUAUUACAUACCCAAUCUAAUAGUAGAAGAAGAAGUAACAGCAGACCUUCGUUAUCCAUUAAAGCUUCUUCUUCUUUCAAGACGCAGACUUUGUCAAGUAAUUGGGAUGUUCCCACAUCAAAUUACUCUGCUUCAGCUCCAGCUUGGAUGCCUAAAUUCGAAGAACUCGAUACCACCAACAUGCUUCUCCGUCAACGUAUCGUCUUCUUGGGAUCCCAGGUGGAUGAUAUGUCAGCUGAUUUUAUAAUCAGCCAAUUGCUAUUUCUUGAUGCAGAAGACGAUAAAAAGGAUAUAAGAUUGUUCAUAAAUUCGCCUGGUGGCUCUGUUACUGCUGGAAUGGGAAUAUACGAUGCCAUGAAGCUAUGCAAAGCAGAUAUUUCGACCAUUUGUGUUGGAUUAGCUGCAUCUAUGGGUGCAUUUCUUCUUGCUUGUGGCACCAAAGGGAAGAGAUUUUGUAUGCCUAAUUCUCGGGUCAUGAUCCAUCAACCUCUUGGAAAGGCUGGAGGAAAUGCAACAGACAUGAGCAUAAGAAUAAGAGAAAUGGUGUACCACAAAGUUAAAGUCAACAAAAUCAUAUCAAGAGUCUCAGGAACUCCUUAUGAAAAGGUUGAAGCAGACACAGAUCGCGAUUACUUCAUGAACGCAUGGGAGGCAAAGGCGUAUGGAUUGGUGGAUGAGGUGAUUGAUGAUGGAAAGCCAGGUUUAGUUGCACCGAUUGCAGAUACAAAUCCUCCACCAAAAACCCGUGUGUGGGAUUUGUGGAAAGUUGAGGGGAGUAGAAAGGCGUUGAAGAAUAUGCCUUCAGAGGACAAGAUGUUGCAGAAUGGACAUGUUAGUGGUGGGGAAGAUGGAGAUGAAUAGAAAAAGGAAGAAUAUGCUUCUGCUUGAAGAGAAAAUGUAACAUUUAGAUAUUUUUAUUUCGAGUUUUGUUGUUAAUUAUCGAGAUAUUUAGACUCUUUUUGGUUGAUAAAAUCAUAAAAUUCUUAAUAGUAAUUGCAAAAGAGGUGAA